CAGGGCGCCCCGCGCGCGGCCCCCGCGGGCGGGGCCCGGCGGACCCGAACGACAUCGACACCCUGCAGAUGCAGGUCACGAUGAACAUUCACCUGCGGCUGCUGAUCAAGGCCUGCACGCAGAGGACCCCUGUCCUGGCCACGCCCAACCCAGAUUACGACGCGCUCGCCAUGAACGUUACGAGACCCGAGGGUGAGUUGUCCUUCCACGACCUGUGGGCCGAGAUAGCGGCCAGGCAUAUGGCUCGAACCGCGCGCAGGCGCACCACCGUCGCCCGCCGCUCCGUGGCCGUCAGCAGGCGCUCGCAGAGCCCGAGUUCGCCCGUCUCGCGGGUGCUCAUGUCCGAGUGCCACAACCAGCCCCAUCCUCCGGAGGGGGGUGGACUUCGGCGCCGACGCGUGCUUCCUCCUCCUCCUCCUCUUCCUCCUCCUCCUCCUCCUCCGUCCCUCCCUCCUCC